CGCAAACUCUUUCUGAAGAUCGAGAUGGUUAACCUCGCGAAUCGAGUGGGAUGCUUCUCCAUGAUCAAGUACUUUACUAUUCGGGCACAGAGACCAGAAGAUGCACACCUUGGUAUCGAAGCAAAACUUAUGUCCGGCAGUUUCCGCGAGCCUCAGUUCUGUAUGCAGUACCCGCUACGUCCCGUAGGAAGUUUCUCAGUGAUUGAGCAGCAUGAGAGCAUUCAUGACAGGGUGAACAAUACCUUCGUCAGCUGCAAUUUCGAGAUUGCUGAACCACGGCACGUACACGAUCCUGCUGACCUCGUUAAUGGCGGCUUGGAGUCGAACUAUUCUUCAGCAACUUCAGAUUUGUCGAGGGCAUCGACUUUGGACUCUUGCAAGCCAGAAAAUCAUAAGCUUUGUCUGGAUGGUUUUGAAGAAACCGAGCCAGCAAUGGCAGCGGAAACCAUUGACUUCAUUGAUAUUCAAGAUAACUCGACAUUCCUGAUGCAGAACCUUGUUGGUCACAACGCGACACUUGGCCAGCAAUUCCUUGUUCCAUUGAGGGCAAAUAACAGCUCUGUAAAGCCUGGUAGACAUUGCAGUACAACUUUCACGAAACUCCAACAAGUCGGCGCCAAGAUCCAGCAGCGUCAAGAGCAGGUAUCCGUCGUCCACAAACAUAUUUCAAACAAAGCUUUUCAGCCAAAGUCUCCCAAGGUUUUGAAUUGCAGGAGAUUGUACAAUGUUCCACGACAGAUCUACAUGAUGUAAUCUGAUUUUUAAUGUAUAGAAAUUAGCUUC